CUUAAAUAAUUCCCGUUUUAAAUAAAAAAAUUAAAAUUGAAAAUUUUCAAUAAAAAAAAUGAAAUAAAUAAUACACAUCAUGAUGUUUUAUAUCAGCAACGAUAAUACAAAUCGCCAUCAACAGCGAUUAUUAAUACGUAGUCUAUGCAAUGUAGCCAUGUAUAUAUCGAUGUGCCUUUUAUUCAUCAUCUGUAUGAUGGUCAUCCUAUGGAUGCCAUCAUUAUCAUCAUCAUCAUCAUCAUCAUCAGUAGUGAAAAAUUUACAUCAAAAUCAAUUAUUGCAAUCAAAUUUAAAUGAAUCAGCUAAACAGAUUCCAGAAUCUGUAUCAUCAUCAUCAUCGAUGAUCAAAACAAAUGAAUCACAAACAAAUAUUGAUGAUAUAUUUAUAACGGUGAAAACGACAAGAAUAUUUCAUAAAUCUCGUUUAGAUAUUAUAUUGGAUACAUGGUAUACAUUGGCAAAAAAUCAGACAUAUUUUUUCACCGAUAACAAUGAUCCAUAUUAUCGACAAAUACUUGGUGAUCAUAUCGUCAAUACAAAUUGUUCGGUUUCACAUAACAGGAAAGCAUUAUGUUGUAAAAUGAGCGUUGAAUUUGAUUAUUAUAUUCAUAAUGAUGAUAAUAAAAAAUGGUGGUGCCAUUUUGAUGAUGAUAAUUAUGUAAAUAUACCGAAAUUAAUCGAAUUAUUACGCCAUUAUGAUCCAAUAUAUGAUUGGUAUCUUGGAAAGACCAGUAUAAAACAGCCACUGGAGAUUGAUGAUCGUGAAUUUAAGAAAAAGAUUCAUUUCUCAUUCGCCACUGGUGGAGCUGGUUUCUGUAUAUCAAGAGCAUUGGCAUUAAAAAUGAUUUCAGUAGCAAGCAAUGGACAAUUGAUUUCCGUUGGUGAUCGUAUCCGGCUACCGGAUGAUGUUACCAUUGGUUAUAUUAUUGAACAUAUGUUGGAUAAAAAAUUAACAGAAAUUGAUGAAUUUCAUUCACAUUUGGAACCAAUGGCAAUGUUGGAGAAAAAUUCGCUUAGAAAUCAGGUUUCAUUCAGUUAUUCAGGCAAUAAUAUCAAUAAUCGUAAUGUUUUACAAAUUAAUCAAUUGGAUUCAAUUCAAAAUGAUUCAACCAGAUUUUAUUCACUACAUUGUUAUCUGUUUCCCAGUUUGUGUGGAUGGAAAAAAUUUGACAAGCAGUUAAAUUGAAUUGAAUAAUCAAUGAUUUGUGCCUUUUCAUCAUUAAAUUUUU